AUGGCAACAAACAAGCCUCAAUCACCCAGUCAGGUCUACCUGUUGGGAUUUAAUACUAUCUGUGCUGGUCUCUGGCUGUAUGUCCUACUCGGCACAGCAGCGACGUUGAUCUUUUCCGAUGAUAUCUCAGCCGUGUACACGUCGCUGGAACCGUGGACACGAUAUGCUCAAACCUUAGCUGUAGCUGAGAUAUUGCACGCCGCAACUGGACUCAUCCGCUCUCCCGUAUUCACCACCUUUACGCAGGUCUUUGCCCGCUCUGUUCAGGUCUGGGGUGUCAAUUAUGCAUUCCCGGAUCAAACCGCACCAUCUAUUGCCUAUCCGGCUAUGAUUCUUGCCUGGGCGGCCGCUGAUGCGAUCCGGUAUUCGUAUUUUGCUGUUGUGUUGGCUGGAUAUCCAGCUCCGCGGGCUUUGAAGUGGUUGAGAUACUCUCUCUUCAUAAUCUUGUACCCAAUUGGCAUUAGCAGCGAAUGGUGGCUGAUGCUCCAAGCGACCCGAAACACGGAGAACAUGCCUUUGGCGGCCCUGUAUGCCUUCUUCCUGGGUCUAUAUUUGCCUGGCUCGGUGAUGAUGUAUUCCUAUAUGCUGAAGCAGAGGACUAAAGUCUUGGCUCGU